CGGGAAGGCAUUCAGUUGUGCCAGUGACUUACCAUGUGUCAAUUCAGUCGACUUUUAGUUUUGCAAUUAAUAUUAUAUUUUGCAAUUGGCCAUAUUUAUGGGUCCCCGCAAAUUAUUGACGGGCGUCCGGUGACACAAAAGAUAUAUCCUUAUUUUGUGCGUCUGCACUAUCGAGGAGAGUUUAUUUGCGGCGGUUCGUUGGUGCGGAAUAAUGCUGUACUCACGGCUGCACACUGUGUCAAGGACCACAGUGUGAAGGAGCUGAGCGUACACGCGGACACCAUUAAUUUGGGCGACCCUGGAGUGGUGAGAACGAUAAAGACCGCGCUGGUUCCAAACGAGUACAAUGCGGGGACACUAAAUUAUGAUGUAGCGGUGUUGAUACUCUCCUCAGUCAUACCGAGUGCAUCGGUGAUACCAUUGGAUAAGAGCGCGGUGCCUGUCGGUACGAGGUGCCUGGUUAUUGGUCAUGGCAAAAUCGAAGAAUACGGCGUCUUCUCAACACAAUUGCAAGAGAUCCAUGUACAUGUCAUGAGUCGGGAAGUUUGUCAGCGCAAGUAUCGCGAUUUCGAUGGUAUUACAGAGUCUAUGAUGUGUGCUUCCGAACCGGGCAAAAAGGAUUCGUGUUCGGGUGAUUCUGGCGAUCCGAUGAUAUGCAAUGGCAAACAGGCUGGCAUUGUUUCGUGGAGUUUGGGUUGUGGGCGUGUCAAAUAUCCGACCGUUUACACAGACAUAAGCAAGGUGUAUAGUUUCAUUGAAAGGGCACUUAAAAUGUAUGCGCAGGAAGUGGAGCAGAAAUAUAUGUGAUUGCAAUAAGUACUGUCAUCUUUGCUUGACUUAAUGCUAUUACGAUUAAAGAUAUUGCAAUUAUUUAAAUGCAGUAAUUAUUAAAAAUACACAAUAAUCUAUAUAUUA